GCUACGCGGCCGACUGAUGCCGGCAUUCAUUCGCGCGGCGACGUCGCCCCGAAACGCAUUUGCGUUCGCGAAAUAAAAAACGUCGUUCGAAAAGUUUCCAACUUUUUUUAGACACGGGCCCUUGAUAAACUUUUCUCGGUCAUUACAACGGUAUCAGUGCGGUGCGAUCACAGUGUUGGAUCCUGAGAAGUGUUUGUGAAGUGAGUUUACGAUUUUUUGCGAUCGUAAUUUACCGUUUCAAUUGAACGUUACUGUUUCGUUCAAUAAAAAAGCGCGUAAGUAGACGAAGGCGCGCUCAUCGCAAGAGGGCCGUAUAUGGUCGACUCUUGGGGCUGCUCGUUUGGUGAAAGUAGACCUUUGUUCUGUUCAUAAGGACACGGGCGGCUUGCAACUAGCUGGAAACCACUCGUUUCGCCUGCAGUUUGCGAGAGGUACUAAUACUUUUUAUGGAACUAAAGUAAAACAUUAAAAAGGUCAGGACGAGGUCAGGCGUGACCAUGGCAACAGGAGCUAAAACAAACCUCUAAAAUCGGCGCUCGUGCGCGUGCACAUGUCGGGCGGCGGCGCGGGCCUGAUGUCGUGCGUGCGCGAGGGCUCGCUGGAGCCGCCCUACAGACCGCCGCAUGCGCAGACGCACACAAAUGGAGAGGGUCGCCGAGGCGGGUUCCUGCGAGGUCUCCGGCGCAUGUUCAAGCGUCGAGGCAGCGGCGCAAGAGUGGACGCCUCGCCUGACCCCAAGAGCAGUUCCACCAGCGAGCUACUGGACGCCGAGAGGCAUGCUAGAAGAAAAGAAGGGGCGUACGGCAGUGGGCUCUCCGUGUCGCACGACUCUGUGUUCACGGGCGAGCGGUCCGGGGACGAGUCGAGCGACGAGCGGCCGACGCCUGCGCAUCAUUUGGCGCAUUUAGCUAACUCGCAUCGGGCGGAGCUGGUGGCGGCUGUGCGCAGACGCGGGCGAGGCGACGGUAGUGACGAUGACGAAGACCUGGGCUUGCCUCGGAGCCCACCUGCUUCCCCACCCACUGAUAAGGCUGAUAAGAGGCACCAUGCUGGCAUCUCGCAGUCUUCUUGCAGCGACGGCUCCCUCCUCAGCGUGGGGUCUUCGGAGAUGGACGAGGAUAGCAGCAGUGGUCACCAUCACUCCCAUGACCACUCUAACAGGAGCGACCACUCUGAUGUAUACAACACAUCAGAACCGCCAACAGGUGUGGCGCCACUGUCGCACUCCGCCGCGAAACACAAGAUGGCGGUGCGACCGCGACGAACACACGGCGCGCCACGGCGGAAGAAAAAUAUUCCAAUUGCUGCAUCAGCCUUGCCAAUCACGCCCGAACUCAACGAAGAAAUGAUACGAAGCACUACUCCUGAAGUCACACACAAAACCUCAGAAGUUGUUACUGAAUCAUUAUCUUCAUCGACCACUACGAAGCAUAUGAUCGUCAAAGAACAGCAUUUGCUAGUGAAUCGAGAACUACAGAGAGUCCUGGAAACGCCGAGCGACACCAAAUUGAAGUCCUCGUCAUUACCACCGGGACUGGCGCUCAGCCAACUCAUGGGCCAGACACCGGCGAAGCUAAGUGUAGCCGAAAUUGAAACCCCACGGUCCUCGAUAAAGAGGAGCAAGUCCAGUUCGCAAGGGCAGUCGUUAAGAGACAGCUCUCCCAAACCACAAGUCACUUCAGAAAGUCAAAUGACCACUUGCCACUCAGAGGAACGAAUGACUAAAUACCGCACGGAGAAAAAAGCCGAAGAAUCUUGCCUCGAAAAGAAAUCUAAGUCAGAAAAGAAAAUGGAAAACGAAGUCAUUCGAAAGAAAGAGGAAUCGUUCUUCAGUAGAUUGCUACUAAGGAAAAGUGGUAAGAAAUCAAAGAAAGACGCAACAGACACAGACGGACAACAUGAUGUUAAGAAAUCUAAAACUGACAAAGCAACAGCUCAAUACAAAGUUGUUGAUAACGAAAGAAGCGGGUUCCACGGAGAAGGACAAGCGUACAAACCGGUUCCCGUUGAAAGAACACACAAGUCUCCGGGUCAAAAAGCAUUUGCAAACCAAAUGCAUAAAAGGUUAGACAACAAAGGAGGUUACAUGCAAGAUAAUGCAUAUAAAGAUGUUUAUAGCGCUGCCAAAGUACCCGGUGUCGAAUAUAAUAUAACUGAUCUCAAAGUCGCUGAAGAAACGGAUAAAAUGUUGAAUUUAGAAAUGAAAAGUCGAUUCAGUAGACGCGAUGACUUUAGUGAGAAAGUAGAUAGAGCUAAGCGAAGUACUUCAAAAGAAGCCAUUGAUGUUCUGAAAGACCAUGCACAUUUUCAUGAGAAAACCAAAAGGCCUACUUCUAUGCACAGGGACUCGUAUUCGAAAAAUUUUAUCAAUAACGAGAUAGCUAAUAGAGUAAGAGAAGAUACACUUUUACCGGCAAUAGUGCCACUAGAGGACCAAGCACCAACACGAGCGAUGAAAAUUAAAAGUGUGCAUAACGAUUACACAUUUCAUAGUGGUAGCAUGCCUAAGAACAUCCCAUACUUUAAUCCUGGUAUUACAAUAUCAUCAUCAUGUUCUCCUCCAAAAACAGUAAAACAUCAAAGUUCUGAAAAUAUUAAACACAGAUCAUCAGAGCAUGUUUCCGAGUUUAAUGAUAAAACCGAUGGCAAACGCGAGUCUAUACAUAAGACCAAUAAAUCAGACGAUGCAUUUGUUCGUUCUGAUAUGCGUUCUCUCGGAGAUGAAUACGUCGAGACUAGAAGCAGCAUUGGGAAAUCUCAUAGUUUCCGCUAUGCUUCAGAGACAACAUCAAUAAGUUCACAAGAGAAUCAAAUGCCCAGUCUACCGGCUAUUGUUGGUAUAUCAGAACCUUUACUACAAAGCUGGGAAGUUAACUACAGGAGAAACGUAACAGAAAGGCAUGACUAUUCUCAAAGAAUAUCUGCUAGGAACUAUAAUAUUCUUAAUUCAAACGCUGAAGCAAAUUAUGACAGUCUGCCUAGUACUGAUAGCAGUUACUUAGAUAGCCUGAAAACGGAUGUAAAUGAAGACCGUAAAUUGUUUACCAAUAGUAUACACAUCACAGUUGACAGUCAUAAACGUGAUAGCGAUAUAUCUCAGAUAGAGGCUAAGAUUGAUGAUAUUAUUAGCUCUCCUAAGCCUAUUAUUUCCCCAAUACUCAAGUCUAGUUCAUUAGAUAGCGUUAAGAGUAGUCCUGAAAAACCAAUCGAUGACAGAAGAAAAACCAUUUCAGUCGAAAGUGCUUUGAGCCAAAGCUCGAAGAUAAAUACUCAAAAAGAUAAGUUGGACGUAGAGAGUUUUAUUUCUGUAACUCACAUUAAUAAUGACCAAGUUCCAGUACCGGCAAAAACUAACGAAGCUACAAAAAUGAACAAGAGCGAUGAGAAAAUACAGAAAUCAGGGACUAAGCCAGGUGUUCCUGAAUUUCUUAAUAUUCAGUUGAAUAAAGUUGACGUUAAACCUGCAACUAAUAUUGUGCUGACUGCAAACGUAACGCCAAAGAAAAUUGAUAGUCCUCAAGCUGAUAAAGAGUUAGAUGUAGAAAGCUUUCAAAUUACUGAAACAAAAUUGACACAAAGUAUCCCAACUAAGAAAGAACUCGUAAACAAGGUAGUGGAAAAUAUUGUGGAGCCCGAAGAAAAGGUCUCUCCAGCAGUUUCUAGAAAGUCUGUGCAGUCAAAUAUCCCGCAAAGUCCCUUAACUCCCAAAGCUUUCUUCAAAAGAAAAGCAACAAGUGUUGAACUACAAGACAGACCAGAAAAGCCAAGAACUAAUUCAAUGAGUACAGAUGGUAGUAAUGAACGAAUAUAUGACAACAUAUCUAUUGAUCAAAAAUCACAUUCUAGUUUUGGAAGUAAAAGUUCUAUUCAAAGUAUUGAUAGCAAUGAUAUUAAGGCGCCUGAUAGACAUGAAGAAGCUGUCGUUUAUCGAAGGAAACCUGUAAUGUUGCCCAAGGAUAUUCGUAACAGUAGUGACCGAAAAAACGACGAUGAACCUGAAUUGAUGAAAGUGUUCGCCAGGAGGUCAUUAAAACUUAAGGAUUCAGAAGCUGAUAGUCUCGCCCAAGACAUUGCUGAGACGAAUAAUUCAAAAGACGAAAUAAAUGAAAAUAUAAGUGCUAAUAGGACAAAGAUUCACAAAAACGAAUUUAACGCUUCUAUUAAAUCUAGGGAUAGUGAUAAAGAAAAUGAAGAUGCCAGCUUGAGGGAGCAAGCUGAGGAAAAAAGAUUAGUAGAUAUAGCUGCUAGAGUAAGCCAGUUUGGGGUGCCCCAUUAUCAGAGAAGCGUUAGCAUUAAUAGUGUGGCAAAUCCAAAAAGGGAAAGCGCCCCGGUAUAUCGAAGCGAAGUUAAUAAAUACAAGAAAGAAGUGUCCGAUUCAACGCCGGAGAAACGGUUAAGAAACCGGACGUUCCCUGACCCGUCGAAUGACAGGGAUGACAUUAAAAAUAUAACAAAAAGCGAGGCGAUGGCGUACAAAGCCGAUACGCUGACAAAAAGGCCUUGGCAAAGGAGAGAUGAUGAGAAAUUGAGAAGGUUAUCCGUUGAUAAAGAGAAACGUGAGAGUGCUGUGAUAGAAAAGGACGUAGAUACGGAGAAGGAUGAAGGCGAGAAAGAGAAAGAUGGUGCUGAUGGGGAAGCUGAUGCGUCUCCACAAUUCAAGGGUAUACUGCAGAUGAGGGCGGAGUGGGAGCGGCGGGCGAAGCAGGGGAUGACCAAAUAAAUACUGGUGCUAGUUACAAGGUAACGUCGGUUCAGUAUUCUAGAUUUCCAUGUCUUAUUUGUAGAUUGCGUCUACGAAAUAUUUAAGACUUAUUUCUUUCUAUUUUCUAUCAAAAGCUAUUAAAUUUUUGAAUGAAAUACUUUUGUAUGAUCAACUAAUCGAUGAAAAAGAUCUGUACCGUAACUAUUUUUUUUCUUGUGUAUUUCACAAUUGAUUUCGUAAUGAGCAUGUGUUUUACUGAAAACUAAUUUUAAAAUGAGAUUUAUCUCCUUGAAAUCUAUAUUUUACAAUAAACACGAAGAUAUUUUCCAAAUAAAUUCGUGAAAUCUUAAUUUUAAAAUUACUGUGACACUGUUGACACUUUAAUUAAUCUUGCCAAUGUUUUAUUAACGUUUGUAUUUAAUCAUUUAGGCGCGUGUUCCAUUUUACUUAAUUCAGACGUGCUAAAUAAUUCAGUAACUUAUUCAGAGAAGUUAAUUAAGAAUUAAGUAACUUUUUAAAUUCUAUUUCAGUUAUUUGAUUUAGUCACUGAAUUUCUUAGGAGGCCUGAAUAGGCAAUUAACAGCUACCCGUUUUAGACUGAUAAUGUAAAUUUUUAUCUUCUGCCAAAACUUUCGACCGAUGUGCUCAUAUUGCUCAUUUAAUAAAUUUUAAAUAAAGUAACUGACUACACUUAAUUCUUCAACUGAAUCUGUAACAUGUAGUUAAUAAAAUAGUGUAAAUAAAUUUAGAAUAACUGAGUUUAGUACGAAGUUCCCACAAGACAAAUAAUUGCAGCAAACACUUUCUUCUUAAUGAUUGAUGAAGAGCGUCAGUGGUAGAAUCGGUAAGGUGCCCGGUUAAAAUGCGUGAUGCGCAGAGAGGCACAGGUUCAAAUCCCAACUCGGCCAUGUACCAAUGACUAUUUUCAAAGUUAAGUACAUUAGUUUAAAUACUUACCGAUGCUCUUACGGUGAGGAAAAACAUCGUGAGAAAACCGCUACAUCCAAUCCAGGGUUCAUGACCAAAGGCAUAUCCCGGGUUCAUCUCUAGAGUGGUGACGAUGCAACCCAGACUAAAAGUAGGAGGAAGAAGAAGACUUUGUUAUUAAUAGCUGUUAUUUUUACCAUAGUCUUUGCAUAUAAUGUAACUUAAUCGCGCGUUUAUUACUUACAUUAAAUGCAACAUUGUAAUUUAGAUGAAAGUGUAUGCAACUUAGCCAUCAACAAAGUAAAACUUGAGACCUUAAAAUGUCUUACACAGUAGAUUAAGUGUAGUCCCUGAUAUAAAAAGUAAGAAAUAAAAAUUCAAGAGGCAAUUAUGGAUUAAUAAUAUCAUUUUGACAGCAUUAUAGAGUAAAAGGUAGUCUGAAAGAAAAAUAGGUAGGUAAUAUUUCUUAGCCCCAAAGUUAAUUCGAGAGUUGCAUACUCAUAAUUCUUCUUAACCAAUAGGUAUACUUACAUAAUUAUAUCCAAGACUCACGACAAUCAGGAAGUUUUGUCUGUCAGAAUGGACUAAUUAUUUAAUAACAUUACAGUUAACUUCAACUAUAAAAUCAUUAAUUUAUCUCAGAUGUACCUACCUAAGUUUGGCUUACUGUGUUAGCAUUUGGUAUAUAUAUAUUUGAUAAAGCCUUUUUUAAAAUAAAACAGUUGCCAAGUAAUUUAAAGGCAAACCUGUCAGCGCAAUUGUGCAUUUAUUAAAAUUAUUAUUAUACAUUAAUGUAGUUCUGUUGUACAUGAAGUACAAUAAUUUGACAUUUCGUGAAUAUCCGCUGUGGAAUUGAUUUAGAUUUACUGGUUGAGUGAGACUGAUUAUAAUUGUCUCACUGAUGUUAUACUUUUAUACUGAGGUUUUCUUUAUUUAUACAUGCUGAUGUAACAGUUUUCUAGUUUUCUUUUCUGUCAAAUAUUAUAUUAAAUUUGUUUAGCAAUUGCUAUGUACGACGAAACGUUUAAAUAUAAAUUAUAAUUAAAACCAGCACAGGAUAUUAACUUAUUGUAUGAAAUUUCGAAAAUAAUUAUUUUUUUAACUUUACUUAAGUCUAUGAAAAAAAAAAUACUAGAGAACUGCCACACAGCUACUAAUACAAUAAUAUGUUAUUAAAAGGCGCAAAUCACAUUGAAGGCAAUUUGACUCGUACUAAAGUUAUUUCGAGAUUUGUAUAAUGGUAUAUUAACUCAACGAUAUCUACUAAUUUCCGAAAAACGUUAAAAAAAUUAUUUCAUGACAUAUUUUGCCGCUUCAUACUCUUCUUUUGUGUGAUUUGCGUCUAAAGGUCAAUAAAGAUCGGGCUGAGAAAUUCAUACGUUUAAUGAUAACCUUAUUUCAUUGAGAUGAAUAAAACAAAAUCUUAUUUAUUUUUUUAAAGUGACGUAACAUUUUCAGCUUUGUAAUUGAAAUUUUAAAAAGAGGUCAAUGCAUUUUUCUCCUCGGUCUGUAUUUAUAAUAAGAGUCACACUUUCCUAUUUACAUUAUUUCUCGCUCUAGCAGAUCUUACAUUUGUGAGCGAAAGAAAAGGAUAGCAGCAUAAAUACAUAAGUGCGGUUUGCAAUAGCUAUGUGUUCUUUCCUGGUUACACACUCCGACUGUGAAAUCGAAAACCCCUUGAAAUUAACUUACUAAAGUAGAAGUACCUACCUUGUGAAAUUAGCACCAUUAUAAUCAAAUUAUAGAUAUAUAUUUACUAAUGUUUCGAUGUUUUAAAAAUAAAAAUGUCACUUGUAUAAAAACCACGUAACUUAGCUUAGAAAUAGUGCUUAAUACCUUGCAUAUUUUGGCAAAUAAUGUUAUAAUGACUUAUGGAAAAUCUAUCUAAAAUUGUUAAGCCGAUGUAUUUUUGAGUGUUAUUAUUACGAUAGUUAUAUUUUAUUAAAGAAUAAUAUUGUGUAUUAAACAUUUCAGGUCGUGAAAUACAAAUUUUAUUCCUAUA